GGAGAGUCGACCUCUUCACAUGCAGGAUGACUUCACUCGCCGAUACUCGGUCAAGUACUUCGCCGGUGGCUGUUGACGAGAGGGUGAGGUAUAAGUAGCUUGGGACGUCAACGUUGUCCCUUCUCGUUGUCACAGUCCCAUCCUGUUCCCUUUACCUCGUCACAGCAGUUCGCCAGACCAACCCUUCAAUUUGUCCCCCCGUCUCUCAGAAGCUACAAUGGCACCUCAGAAGCUGAAAAUUGGCGCAGCAGGUCUGGGCCGCAUGGGCAAGCGCCAUGCCAUUAACUUCCUCAACCGUUCUCCCCGCGCCGAGCUGGUCGCCGCCUUCACCCCAGACCCGGACGAGCUGUCGUGGGCCAAGAUCAACCUGGAGCCCUACGGCGUGACGCUGUACCAAGACUACGACAAGAUGAUCCAGCACCCGGGCAUAAUGGCCGUUGUCAUUGGCACCGCCACGUCGGUUCACGCUGAGGAGGCCAUCAAGGCCAUGGAGAAGAACCUGCACGUUCUGUGUGAGAAGCCGUUAUCAACGAGCAUCGACGUUUGCAAGGAAGUUGUCGCCGAAGCCCGCAAGAGGCCUCAUCUCAAAGUCAUGUGCGGGUUUUCCCGACGCUUCGACGAGUCCUAUCGUGACGCCCACGCCAAGAUGGACCAAGGGCUCAUCGGCCGCCCCUCGAUUAUCCGCUCCCAGACAUGUGACAAACACGACCCCUCGGGCUUCUUCGUCGCCUACGCCGCCUGGUCCGGCGGCGUCUUUGUCGACAUGUCCGUGCACGACAUCGACCUGACCCUGUGGUUCUUUGGUGACGACGUCACGCCCAAGUCCAUCUCGGCGCAUGGCAUCACGGCCGUGCAACCUGGCCUCAAGAAGUACAACGACUUCGACAACGCCGUCGGCAUCGUUGAGUUCUACGGCGGCCGCAUCGCCUACUACUACUGCUCGCGCAUGAUGGCCCACGGCCAGGAGGACACCACCGAGAUCAUCGGUACCGAGGGCAAGCUUAGCAUCAACGCGAACCCGCAGCAGAACCUUGUAAACUUGUACCACCCGGGCGGCAUCACGCGCGAGGUCCCCGCGCACUACUACGGCCGCUUCGAGCAGGCCUUCGUCCGGGAGUCCAUCGAGUUCACCGAGGCGUGCUUGGACGACAAGCCCCUCCCGUUGAAGCUGACCAACGCUGUCAAGGCCGUGGAGAUCGGAAGUCUCCUGCAGGAGGCGCUGGUUAGUGGGAGGCAGAUCCGGUUUGACGAGACGGGAAAGAGGAUUGAGACGGCUCAGCUGUAG